AGGUCGACGAGGCGGAGGCGUGGAUUUACGAGCACUCCGAGGAGGAGGCGUCCGUAUACACUAAGAGGCUCGACGAGCUGAAGAAGAAGGAGGACCAGCUUCUCAGGCGCAAGGAGGCCUUCGAGGCCGUGCCAGAGAAGGUCCGGCUCCUGAAGGCAAGCAUCAAGAAGUUUAAGGCCUCUGCCAUCUCGCCAGCCUACGACCACAUCUCGAAGGAGAAGCUUGACGGGGUGGUGGCGGACUGCGACGCAGCGUCGGAGUGGCUGUCGGAACUUGAGCCUGUCUUCGCGGAGCAGAAGAAGUGGGAGGACCCGGUGCUGAGCCUGGCGGAGCUGUCGGUCAGGAGCACAUCGCUGAUGUCGAGCUGCUCCAGGAUCCUCAGCGAGCCGCGCCCGAAGCCGCCGGAGCCGGAGAAGAAGGAGAAGAGGGAGAAGAAGGACAAGAAAGGCAAGGGCGACAAGGGCAACGACGAGGGCUCGGCCGAGAAGGGCGAAGGGGAGGAGGCCGCCUCCGAGAAGAAGGAGGACGUCGGCCGUUUGCUUUUGUUUGAGGUAGGGGUGGGCGCUCACUUUCCUGUUUUUGUGUAAAAAGGUUUUGGACCCGACCCGUCGGCUCUCGUGCAUCCUUGCCUCCCCGGCCCAUCCUUGGCCGCUCUCGCUGGCCGCGCCGCGCUCGGAAAGCUUGGACUUGGGCGCCCAAGGCCCUUGUAUCCUUAUCGCGCAUCCUUAUCAGACGGGCCGACUGUAUCAGUUCUUGCGCCCCAGCGGACUAUCAGGCGCCCGGCCGUCUCCUCUCCGCUCCUCCUCGCUCCUCC